GUUGCGGUAGAAGUUUACCUGUUUACCUGUUGCUCCAUAACGAGCUCUCCGCGGCUACAGAAAUGACCUCUACAUCAGAUCUGGAGCAGUUGGCAGAAUUAGAGCUUCAGGAUGAUGAAGAUGAAGAUGAAGAUGGAGGUCAGAGGUCAGUUCCUCUCAGAUCAACUCCUGACUCUUCUCACCCUUUUUAUGACGUGGCUCGACACGGCAUCAUACAGGUCUCAGGUGACGACCGGUACGGCAGGAAGUUGAUCACCUUCAGCAGCUGCUGUUUGCCUCCAUCUCACCAGCUGGACCACCGACGCCUGCUGGAGUACCUGAAGUUCACGCUGGACCAGUACGUGGAGAUGGACUACAUCCUGGUCUACUUCCACUCCGGGCUCAGGAGCAGCAACAAGCCGUCUCUGGCGUGGCUUCGAGAAGCGUACGGCGAGUUCGACAGGAAAUACAAGAAGAACCUGAAGAGUCUUUACGUGGUUCACCCAACCAGCUUCAUCCGGAUCGUCUGGAACCUCUUCAAACCUCUCAUCAGUAAAAAGUUCGGGAAGAAGCUGACGUACGUGAACUACCUGACGGAACUCGGAGAACACCUGAACUACGAGCAGCUCGUCGUCCCUCCUGAUGUGCUCAGACACGAUGAAAAGCUGCGAGCGGCUCAGAAAGGAGGCCCCGCCCCCUCGGUGAAGACCCCCCCGCCCCGCCCCCCCCUCCCCACGCAGCAGUUUGGAGUCAGUCUGCAGUACAUCCGGGAGAAGAACCGGGAGGCGCCGAUCCCGCCGGUGCUGCAGCAGACGGUGAGCUACCUGAGGGAGAAAGGUCUCCGGACUGAAGGGAUCUUCAGGCGGUCGGCUCGAGUUCAGCUCAUCAAGGACGUCCAGAGGCUCUAUAACCUGGGGAAACCGGUAAACUUUGACGACUACGGAGACGUCCACGUUCCUGCUGUGAUCCUCAAGACGUUCCUCAGGGAGCUUCCAGAACCGCUGCUCACCUUCAGGCUCUACAGCCAGGUGCAGGACCUGCUCAGCGUGGAGAGCAGUCUGAGGGUCAGCAGGUGUAAACACAUGAUGGAGGAGCUUCCUGAACACAACUUCAUCAUCGCCAAAUUCCUGCUGAGUUUCCUUCAUUUGGUGUCCCAGCACAGUCUGGUGAACCGGAUGAGCCCCUCUAACUUGGCCUGUGUGUUCGGGGUCAAUCUGGUUCGGUCUCAACGUGGUUCGGUCUCUCUGGCGGAGCUGAACCCGAUCCACCUGUUCACCGAGAUCCUCGUGGAGCACUUCCACACCGUGUUCGGGUCCCGCUGCACACCUGCACAGGGCACCCCCUGAACCUGUAGACCACCACCACACACACCUGCACAGGGCACCCCCUGAACCUGUAGACCACCACCACACACACCUGCACAGG